GACAGAUAUUCUAAAAGACGACAGUGCAUCUUCGGCAUGGGCAUCGUAGUCGCCUGAGCAUUACAAGACGGGUCAGCACGGGCUCAUGGACCUGAGGAGUUUGAGGCCGUGAAGAGGCCGUUGCGACCAUGGCACUGCCAUCGUUCAACGCGUUCCUGGCCUCAUUCGCAUUCUUCUUUUUCCUCCUUGGCGUGUCGCUCUUCGUCGGGUUCAUCCAACUGGUCGAGGGGCACACGCGCCGAGUCGUCAGGACAAAUCGCAAGCGGCGGAGACAGCUGCUCGCUCGCUUAGGCAUCACGGAAAGCAAAGGCGGCGAGGACAGGCGGUUGAUCAUUGGCUUCUUCCACCCUUAUUGCAAUGCAGGCGGCGGUGGAGAGAGAGUCCUUUUCGAGGCUCUUGCCUAUCACCUGCAGAAUGACCCGAACGUCAUCUGUGUGGUUUACACGGGCGACGUCGGUCCAUUGCCCGACGUUAAACAGGUUCAUGCACCGGCCGAUGAGGCCGCGUUUGACGCGGCCUAUAAAAGCCUGCGCAGCGAGACACAAGAAACAAGAGAUUCUCCCAAGACGAUCAAGCAGAACGCGGAAGCUCGCGAAGUUGGACGCGAGAAGAAAGUAACCAAGGAAGACAUCAUCUCCAAGGUCAAGUCACGCUUCGCAAUUGAGCUGGACAGCGAGCGCCUUCUUUUCCUCCCACUGGACGCCAGGAAGUUCGUAGAUGACAGUUAUUGGAAGCACUUCACCCUCCUCGGCCAGAGCCUCGGCAGCGUGUUGCUUGCCUUUGAAGCGAUGAGCGAGUUGAUCCCUGAUGUCUUUAUCGAUACGAUGGGCUACGCAUUCACGUAUCCAGCCGUACGACUCUUUUCCAAGAAGUUGCCGAUCGGUACUUACACUCACUACCCAACCAUCUCCACCGACAUGCUUCGACGUAUCGAGAACCGUGAAGCGAGUCACACGAACAACACCACAACAGCGUCCUCCGCAUGGCGGUCCGCUUUGAAGCUGCGCUAUUAUCGCACCUUUGCAUGGAUCUACUCGUGGGCUCUGCGCCGUGCAAGCCGCGUAGUGGCCAACGGUACGUGGACGCGCAAUCACCUCGACCAGCUGAUGAAUGCUGGACUGCCUCGGAACUCGCACAAGAGGCGAAGAGUGGAGGUCGUCUACCCGCCAUGCGACACGGAAGGUCUUGCUACCUUCCCUCUCGACAAUGCUCGAGUAGGAUUCGUCAGCUUGGCGCAAUUCAGGCCUGAGAAGGAGCAUGCAACGCAGCUGCGAUUUCUCCGUGCGCUCCUCGACCGCCAUCCCGACGUGGUCGCUAAGCAUGGCAAGCAAGAUCUGAAGAUGACCAUGAUGGGCAGCUGCAGGAACGAAGGCGACGAGGCGCGAAUAGAGAUGCUCAAGGCGCUUGUCAAGCGCCUACACCUUGAGGAGUACGUGGAAUUCGUCGUGAAUGCACCGUGGUCGGAAGUCAUCCAACGUCUCUCUACGGCAAGCAUCGGUAUCAGCACUAUGGUCGAUGAACACUUUGGCAUGAAUGUCGUCGAGUUCAUGGCUGCAGGGCUGAUCACACUGUCGCACGCAUCCGCUGGACCCUUGCUAGACAUUUCCGUGCCGAACGCCUCGGGCGAGCGGACCGGCUACCACGCGCUGACGCCGGACGACUUUGCUGAUCGCGCCGCGGAGAUCUUGCGUCUGCGGGAGGGAGAGGCACUGUCGAUCCGCAAACGGGCGCGGGCUCGGGCGCAGAACAUAUUCGGGGCACAAAGCUUCCGUGACAGUUGGUGUAAUCAUCUCUGGUUGCCAUUAGUCGGAUCACUCGGCGGUGGAAGCCAGGGCGCUCAAGCCGCGGGUCUCCUGCCAUCAGAAGCAGAGAGCAGGAAGGACAAGUGAUGUAUCUUUCAGACUAUACAUCAUCCGCUCAUUAAAACCAG